AUGGUGUCCGUCAAGUAUAGGCCUAAUAUCCUGCUCCUUUCCCUCUCAGGCCUAGAAUCCUUCGAUGACGUCUACAAACCGCUUAUCAGCCGCCUCCUCGAUAUCUCAUACCUCACACGAGUGAGGACAGCCUCAGCUGCGCUUAAGGAAAUCGAUAGCACGAAAUUCAAAGCAGUUAUCGUGACGGAUGAAGGCCUCGCAGAACCAGAAAACCAAGUAGCCAUGGUCAGGCUGAAAACCUACAUUGAGAGCGGGGGACUGGUCGUCGUCGGCCUACAAUUGUCAACCUUUGUUCGCCAGGAUCGCUUCAAAGCAUUUUUCAAAGCAUUUGAUCUUACCUGGGUGUCAGGCAGUUACCAGGUCAGUCCUAUCUGCUUUGUGCCUUCGAGUACCUUCCCAAGGUCCCUGAAACCCUCUUCAUUGCCUGGACCGCGUACCGUGAAUGCCCGCCAUGUCCAAAAUUCCAAACCGCAUGAGAGAAUGUUCGUUUCUAUUCCAAACCCCAAAAGGCAUAACGACGCCGAGACGGGGCGAGUGGCAGGCUCAGGAGCUGCCCUUGCAUGA